AAUUCAUAUUUAUGUUAUGUUUGUUGCUGCUGCUGCUUCAUGUAUGUUGUACACAAAUCCAUUUGAGCACGGGCACUUUGGUUAAGAUGUGCUUCUCUAUCAAAGCGGAAGCUGAAUACGUUUUUUCCCAUAUAAGGUAACGUGUGUCUGUCUUGACCAUCGACUCCCUCAGCCUGUUGGUCAAAGAAACUCCGUGUCUGUUUAUCCAAACUCCAUCUGAUGUAUCGCUUUAAAAAGGAUUAUUACACCGCGCUGCUGCAGGUUUUGUUCCUCUCUGUCCAGUCCUUGGUUGUGGCCCUGCUGAGGGGGUGUUUGAUUCUAGUGGUUUGUGGAGUGCCUUUCUACAGCAGCCAUGUCGGGCUUCAAUCUGCUUCAUCUAAUAACCAAGAGUCAGCCUGUAUCUCUGAGGUCCUGCAGUCUUCCCUCAGGAGCGUGUAGGACUAAGAAGACAUGGCCAGUGAGUUACUCUCAGGAGGAACUGAGGAAACGCCUCACCCCAAAGCAGUACCACGUAACUCAGGAGAGGGGAACUGAGAGCGCCUUCACUGGGGAAUUCACGUACCAUAAGGAUGAGGGAACCUAUCAUUGUGUUGUUUGUGGGGCCCCUCUCUUCAACUCACAUUCUAAAUUUGACUCAGGGUCAGGUUGGCCAUCCUUCUUUGACCUCCUGAAAGAGGAGUCCAUCACCCUGUCUGAUGAUUUCUCCUAUGGCUUGCACAGGGUGGAGACCACUUGCAGUCGGUGUGGGGCACAUCUUGGACACCUCUUUGAUGAUGGUCCAAAACCUACAGGAAAACGUUACUGCAUGAACUCUUCUUCAUUGGCUUUUCAUCCCAAAGACUCAUCUGAUGAUGGAGCAUCCGGCAGCACCGACACUGAUGGGAAGGCUGAACUUUAAAAGAUGAAUGCAAGAAGCAUGGCAAUCAGGCAGAUGCUUAGGAAAAGUUAUACAGUUCACAAAAAAUGCUUCUUUGAGUUUGAUGUGCAGAAUGACCGUACAAAGUACCAGUAAAGUUCAUAAACGUAGCUAAAGUGAGACAUUUAUAUGUUCUUUGAAACUGUAAAUGCAGAUAAUGGUGGAAUACCAGAGCAAUCCAGGUAGACAACUCAGCUGAUGAGUUCUACAAGUAUCAGUGGGCUAGGCUGUGGUUCAAGUCAAUACAUCAUGGAUUUGAGAGGCAAGUAUUUAAUGAAGGGGUUCUGGGUUAUUUUGUUGACCACGAGUCACUGUCAUCAUAUUUGCCAUUGUUCUUCUUUCACCAGAAAGUUGCAUUUUUUGCAUCCCCUGAAUUACAUUAUCUGCAACAUUUAAAGGGAUUUCAUUCAGGAAAUGUAGGAGUUUGUGUUUAAACCCUAAGUCAAACACUUUUGUUCUGUCCCUCUAUCUAGGCUGUCCUAGCAAUGUCCCAGUUGUCUCUUUUUCAUAAAUAUAUCUAUAUCUAAAACGAGGAAUGUUUUCCAGACAGACUCAACGCUUUGCCUAGCUUUGUUCCAGUGUUAAAGAGACUUUUUCUCUGCUCUGCCUGAUGUGCUGUGUUGCUAAUACAGUCAUGGUAAAAAGUAAAGCUCCUUUUUAAAAGGAAUUGUACUUCACCUACAGAUACAUUUUUCUUCAUCGAUAUAUAAAUAAAUAAUUACAUGAUGGUGAGUACAGUGGAGACAAGUUUUAAAAUGAAUUCAGAAGCUCCUCACAGCCAGAUCAUACAUUACAUAAUCUAAAGUCCAUGCUUAAUUUUUACCAUGACUGCCCUUUAUGGAUCUAUUGGUUUUACACUACACUUGUCAGAUUUGUAUUAGAUUCAAUCUGAAUGAUGUUCCACACUGAGCAGUAAUGAACUAUUUAUGCGAGUGUUGAUUUAUUUGUUUGUUUUUGUGAUUGCAGUGUUGGAGCAUACUGUAAUACUAAAUGUAUUUUGAUCCAUCUUUGGGGUCAAAAAUAUUUUGUGUUUUGGAUUUUAUCUAUAUCCACUUUAUCUUUGCAGCUUGAACUGAACACCUGAUUAAGUGAAUAAAGUAAAAGGCUCAUG